CACUGAGCAGAUGACUGGUCUUGUCUCUCAAGGAAAUCAGCUGUGCUGCUGAAUCUUGUGAAGAAGCCCUUUUUCUGGCAGAGACAGUGUCGAUGGAAGAGCAGUAAAAGCAGAUGUCAUUGGAGCUCCCUCUCUUCUCCAGCUUCAAGCUAUCUCCUGUCUCCUGAACUGCUUAAUACAUUAGCUGCUAAAACUGUAAAAAGCAGAAAGGAUGAAACAUUCUACAAGACUGAAAACCAAUCAGGCAUACAAUCUCUCUGAACUUCUAAAUGAACUAGAACGAGUCCAUCGAGAUGAAGUUAAACUUUAUACCUCAGGACACCUGAACCCCAAUAAACUCUUUAAUCCCAAUAAGCCCACUCAUUUCUGGUCUGGUUCUCUUGGCCCAAUCAGAAAAAUAACUUUACCAAGAUAUCAAUAUGAUGACAGAACAGCACAGAUGGAAGAUGCUUUGUCUGAAUUUACCAUUAGAACUGCUUUGGUCUCAGAGUCUUCUGGUCGUCCUGGUGGCUUAAAGACUUUGGACUUUCAGCCACAGAGGGAGUUGCUUCCUAACCUUCCAAUCUCUGAUGUAGCACUUGAAGAAAAACUGAAAGAAGAAAGAAAGAAACUACAUGAUGAAAUAUUUAAGAAAGAUCUCAAAUUGCCAGAUCUCCGGCUGCUAAAAUAUAAAAAAGCCAAAAAUAGUCGUCAAUGCUUUUCCUCUUCUUCCAGAGAGGAAUACCAAUUUAUUAAUUCCUAUUUGUCUGGUGUGACUAAAAAGGAUACAUUUCUUAAGUUUUUGCAAAUUGAAAAGCAUGUGAUUGCAAAGCAAGAUCUUAGAGAAAGUGAUUUCACAGGGAGUAAGGUCUCCACAUGCCAUGAAAAGAAGUUGGAAGAGGAACUCCUGAAAAUGCAUAGUAAAUCUCCCCCCCAAUAUAACAGACUGCAGGUAUAUGGGGACAUCUUCGAGGAUAUUUGCAGCAGCUCUCUUAUAUUUGGUGAUCUCUUGAAGGAAGUGAAGAAUGAAUAUGAAAUCUACAUGUCAAUUCUUCUGGAUUCCCAAUCUUCCAAUCAAUACAAGAUUUUGCUGGAUCAAGUGAAGGGAAUGGAGAAGAGAACCGUGAUGACCUCAGACAUAGAAGCAGCCAGAAAAGAAGUAAAGAGGCUUGUGAGGGUGGCCAAAGAAGCUUUGGAAAGGAAUGAAAAACUCCGAACUGAAUUGAAAUUAGAAGAGUUUCUUGGUCACACUCCUUGUGCUACACCAGAGUCAUCUGAAAGUGAAAAGACUGAAGAAGAGUUACCUGAUUUGGCUGAAAGGAUUGAAGAAAAGAGACGCAAAAUUCUUAGUAAAUGGGAUGAAAUCUAUGCUCUUGAGAAAUACAUCAAGAAUAAUAUGACUCAUAUGGGAAUUGCAAACAUUAUUGAAAGCAGCAUUAAAAGCAUAGAGGGUGAAGCUACUAAAUUGGAGACAGUUAAUGGUAUUUUAAAGAAAAAAAUAAUGGAUUUGGAAAUGAAAAUCAAGGAAAACCUUGACAUGUAUAAAGUUAGCCGGGAAGAGCAGCAGAAAUUUUGGGAUUUCCUUGAUGACUUUAUAAGUUCUGAAGAUACGGAAGAAUUCUACUGAGUACUUGGGAAAAUGAUACGUGGACAUGAAGAAUGAUCUCAUGAACAAACCCUUGACUUUUUGAAACAUACAAAUUAAAUCACUUUGGCCCCCUUUUCUUGUUUAUCUUAGAAUCAAAUUCGGUAUUUUCUAACUAAAACAGGAA